UAUAUUAUACAUUCGCAGUGACUGGAUGUAUUUCAAAUUUAUAUAAAUAUUUAUAUUGAAUUUGUUUCAUAAUAAGUUUAGUAUUAAGGAAGUGCGGACUUAUUUGUAAAGAUGUUAGGAAUCAUAGUUAUAGUAAUCAUCCUUGCAAUAGCUUAUAAAAUAUGGUCAUCACAAAACACGGAGCCGCCUCAAUUGCCUCGCUUGGACCCUCAGGAAUGGUGGGGACCAAAUGAACUUAAAGGAAAAGAGGACAAAAGCAUCAGACCAUUUCAAAUACAGUUUACUGAUGAGAUGGUAAAUGACCUUAAAAGUCGUUUGAAGAAUCGUCGUCCGUUGACUCCGCCUCUUGAGGGCGUUGGCUUUGAAUAUGGGUUCAAUACAAAAUCCAUAGACGGCUGGCUGAACUACUGGGCUGAGGAGUAUCCAUUUAAAGAACGAGAAGCAUUCUUUAAUAAAUAUCCACACUACAAAACUAAUAUCCAGGGUCUGGAUAUACAUUUCAUCAGGGUCAAACCACAGGUACCUUCAAAUGUGGAAGUAGUGCCUUUACUCAUAUUGCACGGAUGGCCUGGCUCCGUGCGAGAGUUCUACGAGGCUAUACCUCUGCUCACACAACGAGCUCCAGGCUACAACUUUGCUUUUGAAGUUAUAGCUCCUAGCUUACCUGGAUAUGGAUUCUCUGAUGCGGCAGUCCGUCCUGGACUUGCAACUCCGCAGAUGGCUGUGGUCUUCAAGAACUUGAUGAGUAGACUUGGCCAUGACAAGUUCUACUUACAAGGAGGUGACUGGGGCUCCUCCAUUGGCACAGCUAUGGUAACACUGUUCCCUGACAAUGUUCUGGGUUACCACUCCAACAUGGCCUUGGCUCAGAACGGAAAGGCAGGGUUUAAAACAUUCUUAGGAGCGUAUUUCCCUUCAUUGGUGGUAGAGAAGCAUCUAGCAAGCCGCAUGUAUCCUCUGUCUUCUUUCUUCGCGUAUAUGAUAGAAGAAUUCGGUUAUUUCCAUCUGCAGGCGACUAAACCCGAUACAAUUGGUGUAGGUUUAACAGAUUCUCCAUCCGGUCUUCUUGCUUACAUCCUUGAGAAGUUCUUUUUAUGGACACGUCGUGAACAUCGCAACAAAGUGGAAGGCGGCCUUGGGUUCCGGUUUACUAGAGAACAGCUCAUUGAUUGUCUCAUGGUCUACUGGUCUACUGGCUGCAUCACUACAUCCAUGAGACUCUAUGCUGAAGAUUUAAGCAAGAAGAAUAGAGAUUUGGGAUUAGAUCAAUUUACAACACCAGUACCAACAUGGGCUUUCCAAGCUAAAAACGAAGUAAUGUACCAACCUCCCAGCAUCCUGAAGACGAAGUUCACCAAUCUUCUGGGAACCACAGUUUUAGAAGAUGGCGGACAUUUCCUCGCUUUUGAAUUGCCUCAGAUAUAUUCUGAUGAUGUUUUCAAAGCUGUAGACGCUUUUAGAAAUUGGCGCAAAUAAACUUAUAAUACUUAUUCUUAACUUUUAAAGUAGAAAUAAAUGUUUUUAUUACAUA